CCCAGUUUUCCCAUUGAGAUCUCCCUUCCAUUGCAAAGGAAGUCGUCUCGUUUCUGCAUAUACGUUUUUUCACCCCUUGCACGAAGCCCCGGUUUGGGCUAUCGACGGCGAAGCUUUGGAGGAACAGCCGGGAGCAGCGACCCUCACGAUGUGGACCUUUCUGGGCAUCGCCUCCUUCAUCUACGUGUAUAAAAAGUGUGGAGACCUCAUGACUUAUGCUAACAAGGAGGUGCUGCUCUCCAUGUUGGUAUUUUUCUCCCUCGGCUUGCUGCUCUCCUACAGGUACCACUUCAGGGGGCCCCGGCAGCGGCAGCAGCAGAAGCAGAAAUCACACCUGGGGAUGCUCUCUGAUGUGCUCUCAGCUUUGCCGCUUGUUGGAUUUUUCUGGGCCAAACCCACCCCGGGGUCUCAACAAGUUGAACAACCCAAAUCCAGAAAGGGUAAAAAAGAAGUGAACUUCUCAGAUGUGAAUCUCACAGAGACAGCUCCAAAUACAUUAUCACCUCAAUAUGAUCCAGAAAUUAUCAUUGUGGGAUCAGGUGUCCUUGGUUCUUCCUUGGCGACAGUGCUCUCAAGGGAUGGAAGAAAGGUGACAGUGAUAGAGAGGGAUCUGAAAGAACCUGACAGGAUAGUUGGAGAAUUGUUGCAACCUGGAGGAUUUAAUGCUCUUCGAGACUUGGGUCUUGAAGAUACAGUAGAAGGUAUUGAUGCACAAGUGGUAAAUGGUUACAUAAUUCAUGACCUAGAGAGCAAGUCAGAGGUUGAGAUUCCUUAUCCAACGUCUGAAGAUGGACGUGUGGCCAGUGGAAGAUCUUUUCAUCAUGGCCAAUUCAUCAUGGGUCUCCGAAGGGCAGCCAUGGCAGAGCCCAACACAAAAUUCAUUGAGGGGACUGUGUUACAGUUGCUUGAGGAAGAUGACUGUGUCGUGGGUGUUCAAUACAAGGACAAAGAAACUGGAGACACUAAGGAACUUCAUGCACCACUUACAGUUGUAGCUGAUGGACUUUUUUCCAAGUUUAGGAAAAACUUGGUAUCCAGUAAAGUUACUGUUUCAUCCCAUUUUGUUGGUUGCAUUUUGAAGGAUUCACCACAGUUUAAAGCUAAUUAUGCUGAACUUGUUUUAGCUAAGACAAGUCCAGUGCUAAUCUAUAAGAUUUCUUCAACUGAGACUCGGGUCCUUGUUGAUAUUCGAGGGGAAAUGCCCAAAAAUUUAAAAGAAUACAUGAUUGAGAACAUUCAUCCACAACUGCCUGAUCAUUUAAAGGAACCAUUCUUAAUAGCAGUUCAGAAUGACCGUUUGAGGACUAUGCCAGCCAGCUUCUUGCCUCCUUCAGCUGUAAACAAGAAAGGUGUUCUUCUUUUAGGAGAUGCAUAUAAUAUAAGACACCCUCUAACUGGUGGAGGAAUGAGUGUUAUUUUAAAUGAUGUUAAAAUAUGGAGAAGUUUGCUCCAGGAUAUUCCAGACCUUUAUGAAGAUUCUGAUGUUCUUAAGGCAAAAAGAACAUUUUACUGGUCAAGAAAAAAAUCUCAUUCUUUUGUAGUGAAUGUUCUUGCCCAGGCACUUUAUGAACUCUUUGCUGCCACAGAUGAUUCCUUGCAUCAGCUAAAGAGAGCCUGUUUCCAUUACUUCAGACUUGGAGGAGAAUGUGUCUCAGGUCCUGUUGGAUUGCUCUCUGUGUUAUCUCCUAAACCAAUGGUACUGAUUGGCCACUUCUUUGCUGUGGCUUUAUACGCCGUUUAUUUUUGCUUUAAGUCAGAAUCCUGGAUCACCACACCUCGAGCAGUUUUCAGUAGUGGAGCUGUUCUUUACCGGAGCUGCUCUAUAAUAUUUCCACUUAUUUACUCUGAAAUGAAGUAUUUAGUCUACUAAAAUCCAGGGGAAAAUGACUGGAGGAAGAAAACAAGGAAAUCACAAUGCCUUCAAAAUCUUUGGACGUGUACUAUUUAAUAUUGUAUUAUGUUUUCUUCUCUUCAAAAUGCAAUUUCCUUGAUAAGGAUUUAACUUAAUUUUGGUUUUGUGGUUAUAUACAUAUAUAUUAUAUGUAAAUAUUCUUUUCUUUGCAAUUUAAGUUCAAAAAGGAGUUAGCUGUUUACAAAGACCAUAAUUAAGUGUUGACACGUGGUAGAUAAUUGCCAGUUUUGACAGAAUUUCUUUCCUUGCUUUACCCAUUGCUGAGUGCACCACUAAUAUUAAUAAACUGAGAAGUGAGAACUGUAAACCAUA